GUAUCGGGAAUAUCGGGAAUUGUAUCGGGAAUGUCGGGAAUAUCGGGAUGUUCAUGGUGAGGCUGACGUGCUACGGGAACGGCGGGAAAACCCUGGCAACGGCCUCCAGAUCCGUGAGUGACACCGGGAAUAUUGGGAAUAUCGGGAAUAUCGGGAAUUGUAUCGGGAAUUGUAUCGGGAAUUGUAUUGGGAAUAUCGGGAAUGUCGGGAAUAUCAUUGGGAAUAUCGGGAAUGUCAUUGGGAAUAUCGGGAAUGUUGGGAAUAUCGGGAAUGGUAUCGGGAAUAUCGGGAAUUGUAUCGGGAUGUUCAUGGUGAGGCUGACGUGCUACGGGAGCGGCGGGAAAACCCUGGCAACGGCCUCCAGAUCCGCCAUGCUCCAUUACCGCUCCCGCCUGCUGCGGGCCCUGCACACCGCGGCCUUCGCCGGCCUCUUCCUCAGCGGCUUCGCCGAGCAGAGCCAGACCCUGGAGCUGGAGCUGCUGGGGCGCUACCGGGAGGACCCCGUGGGUCUGGGGGGUCCUGGGGGGUCCUGGGGNGAUGGAUGA